AAGGGUGCUGAGGCCGAGGCGGGCGGCGGCAGGAGCCCCAGGACGGGCCACCCCCUCCGCAGGCCCAGCGCCUCACCUUGGUGCAGGAUGCCGGGGUCUGAGAAAUUGAGUGAAACCAGACUGAAGACCGUGAGGACGCAGAGGAGGCCCGUGACCAGGGGAAAGGCCCACUCCCCGUUCUGGGCCAGCCACCUGCAACUGAGACCAGCGCGGCGCUCAGCCCUGACCCAGAGGGCCUGAAGCCCCCAGCCCCGGACCCCGUCACUGGGUCAGAACCCACACACGCCGGAGCCCGCUCCAAGUACCCAGGCUGGUGACAGAUCCCUGGACACCCCACCGAUCGUCACCGGCGGAACCGGCACCCGCAGCUCCCGGGGGUGCAAGCAGGGCCCCCAGGCCUCUGCACAUGCGUAACCCCGGCCUGGAGCACCCCCUCCCCUCACCCCCUCCCGCACUUCCCCUGCCUCCCUGCUCCCAUUUUCUGCCUCGGUAGGGACCCCGCAGCCUGUCGGGGAGGGAGGCUCACGGGAAGGCGAAGAAGAGGCCACUGAAAAUGAGCAGCAGCGCGACGUUGAAGGCGGCAAACAGGCUUGGGAGGAUCCAGGGAAGCGGGGCCCGAGGCGGCAGAUGGGGCGCCUUCAGGAGCGGCAUGGCCCGACCGCCCUCGCCUCCAGGGGAGACCAGGGCCACCAGGCUCCCUCGCCCCCGCCGGCUCUAGGAGCCCCAUGGCCACAGCAGCCUCAGAAGCCACAGCCUAGGGUGGAAGGGAAGAAGUUCCAGUGUGACAUCACAGAGGCCAAGGAGAAGGGAGGCCAGGGCCCUCGGCAGAACCGCCUGCAGGCGCCGAGGGCUGCUUCCAAGAGCAACCCCCGCCACCGUCACCACUGCACCCCCCUCACUUGUGCCAGGGAGUGAGAGCUCCCCCUGUGAGGUUGGCUUUGAGACGCCUGAGAUCAGGGGGACACACGGGGAGCAGGUGGGUGAUUGUACUCAUCCUCCCAGGCGUGGUGCCAGCCAGAGCGACGGUGGUUGCUGUUCACCCUAUCUCCGUUGUCUUCCUUUUUGUCAUUACACCAUGGAGGGGCAGCUGAAUAAUUCUCCAGGUUCCUUCGUUUCCAGGGUUGGCAUCAUGACACAAUUCUGGGCAAGAGACAUGAUUAGAGGUCUGCUGAGGAUUUCUAAAAAAGCUUUGCCUUGUCCCUUUCUUCUGGUCUUGAACCCACAUGUGCUGGCUGGCGGUACCAUCUUGAACCCAUUAGGCAACGGCAACGGCAACACGGUACACAGAAUGGCGUGGAUGACAUCGUUGAGUCCCUGGCCCAGACUUAAACUGGCUCUCUCUGGGCUACUUAUUAUAUGAGAGGAUAACUGGGUUUUCUGUUACAUGCAGCCGACAUUUGUCAUUUGUUUUAGCUACUGAGCAUCUGAACCCCUCUGUGCUUGGAGGAUUCCCACACUGUACGUCUUCAUGAAGGGCAAAGACCAUUCCCCGUAUCAAUUGGAGCCCAAACUGCCAGAUACUCACAUUCAAAGCCUCUCCUGCAGCUGGGGAAUAGCCCUGUGACCCAGCGCCACCAAUUAGCCUCAGAACUGCCACCACCAACCAAGUUGGAAAUCUUCUGAGAUCCAGCAAGUGCACAUAUUUUCAGAGCUCUGUGUGUUGAAGUGUAAUGGCCUUUUUGAAGGUCACUUCAAUUUCAACAGUGAUUGUGCUAUUCUUCAACAUGGAGCUUGCUGGGAAACCAGAGAGGGAGAGAAGACCAUGGAGCCAGACAGGACUCAGAUAAAGCUUGACCCCAGGUACACAGCAGAUCUUCUGGAGUUGCUGACAACCAAUUACAGCAUCCCCUCCGCCUGCUUCUCUCACGCUCCCACUGCAUCCCAGCUUCUGAGGGCACUGGGCCCUGAGGAAAUUGCCCUGACCAUCAUUAUGACUUUGUUCACCCUGGGCUCGGUCGUCAUCUUCCUGGAGGAUGCUGUCUACCUAUACAAGAAUACCCGUUGCCCCAUCAAGAGGAGGACUCUGCUCUGGGGCAGCUCUGCACCCACGGUGGUGUCUGUGUUCUGCUGUUUUGGUCUCUGGAUCCCUCGUUCCCUCAUGCUCGUGGAAAUGGCCAUAACCUCGUUUUACUCGGUAUGCUUUUACUUGAUGAUGAUGGCCAUGGUGGAAGGCUUUGGUGGGAAGGAGGCAGUACUGAGGACACUGAAGGACACUCCGAUGAUGAUCCACACAGGUCCCUGCUGCUGCUGUUGCCCCUGCUGCCCUCCACUCAUGCUCACCAGGAAAAAGCUUCAGCUGCUGAUGUUAGGCCCAUUCCAGUAUGCCUUCUUCAAGAUAACACUGAGCCUGGUGGGCCUGUUUCUCAUCCCCGAUGGCAUCUAUGACCCAGCAGAUAUUUCGGAGGGGAGCACAGCUCUGUGGAUCAAUACUGUGCUUGGUGUGUCCACCCUGUUGGCUCUCUGGGCCCUGGCCAUCAUUUUCCAUCAAGCCAAGAUGCACCUGGGCGAGCAGAAUAUGGGAGCCAAAUUUGCCCUCUUUCAGACGCUCCUCAUCCUGACUGCUCUGCAGCCAUCCAUCUUCUCAGUCUUGGCCAGCAGCGGGCAGAUUGCUUGUUCACCUCCCUUUUCUUCUAAAAUCAGGUCUCAAGUGAUGAACUGCCACCUGCUCGUACUGGAGACUUUUCUAAUGACUGUGCUGACACGUGUGUACUACCGAAGGAAAGACAGUAAGGUUGGAUAUGAGCCUUUCUCUUCCUCAGACCUGGAUUUGACUUCAAAGUCCAAGAUAGAUGGUUUGGACAUUGAAAGAGACUCUACACAUUAAAUGGGCACAGGAUUUCCUCACUGUCCCUCAACCUUGACCAAAUGGAGAUGAAUUCAUUUUCAGCACCAGCUGGCGGAUUACAUUUGACUAUAGGGGCAAAGGAGAAUUAUGGAAUAGGAAUUCCAUAAUAAUAGGCAAUUAUUUUGGAUCUUGCCUGGAGAAGUUAUUUUAAGUUUUAUAAUAAACAGGAUAGAGUUUAAAAUUCUAUAAUUGCA